AUGAUCACCGCUUCAGUCAUUCUCACCUGGGGCCUCUGCGCCCUCUGGGGUGUCUUCCUCAGUCAAUCCUCGGUCGACCUCCUUGCUACCGUCUCUCGCCUCCGCACCCUCUCCCUCUCCUCGGUCUCUGCCUUCAUGCAGAUCGCUGGUUCCACCAACUUCAAGCGUAUCCAGACCUUGGACUCGAGCACUGUCGCUGCCCUCUCGGGGGGAGCUGACUCGUUCAACAUCCUCGGCGACGGAUUCAAGAACCUCAAGACCGACUCCAACCACGCACUGAACUCCACACCCGGUCCCAACACGCCCUUCGCACCGCGCGCCCAAGGUUCACUGCAACUCUCCCUCCUGCUAUACAUCGUCCUCGGCGUCUUCACCGGCAUCGCAUGUCUCCUCGGUGUGUACGCCAUCUACGAGGUCAUCCGGUAUGGCUGCACCGGGUCUUCGAGCACUGUCGAGUUCAUCAUGCAGUUCAAAGACGGUAAAUCGGGCGCGGGAACUCGUAUUCCUGCUGACCUUUUGCCGACUUCUGAGCCCACGAUCAUCCUCGACCUCCACCCCGAAACACCACUCGCAACCAUACUCGGCGACGCCCAUGUAGAUCGCGACGACAGCCACGACGCCACACCCGAAGACGUCUCCUACAACCCACUCGCUUUCAUUUCCAACCGCUCCCCUACGAGCAUCCCCGAGGUGAACAUCGCGGUAUCAAGCCCGAUCUCACCCAUCGUCACGCCCUCCGUGUCGGCCUCCCCUAGUCUUGUGGAUGCAGUCCAGGUGACACCCCCACCGUCGCGGCCCCUUGUCUACCAGGUUCGCACAGAGCGCUACAAUGCCCCAGCGCCACUGCAGACAGCAGACUCCGAGCGAGAGAAGACCACCGUACCUAUCUGGCACGGUGUUCUGUACGAGGUUGACAUCGCGCGACUCCAUCAGCAUGUCCUCGACGAUCCGUUCGACGAGCCUACACCGGCACCCUGUCUUCUCCCGGCAUUCACCAUCAGGACUGGCGACUUGCAUUCGGGUUCGCUCUUCACGGACGACUACCAGACACCCACGCCAUCCCCCCGCCCACUCCCCACCACAUACACCCGAUCUCACAGCCAGGAGUUCUGGAUGCCAGAGGACUCGGACGACGAGGAAAUAGACGAGUUCCUCCGAUCCGCCCUCAACAUGCAACCCGACCACAAUGCACCCCCCAGGCGCGGAUACUGGCGACGCGACGCGACCACUCCCGUCUGGCACCCUACGAGACACGAACUGCGGGCAUGGCACCUCCCCCGCCUUGACCUGGACGACCCCUUCCUGGAUGAGCCCGCCCCUCAGCCAACUCCCGCCGACUCGCCGCCUCUCCCGUCCUUCGACUCCUUCGCGUCCGGACUGCGGCCCUGGUCCUCCGCCACCCACUCUUCUUCCUCGUCAGAAUCCUCUGCUUUGGAGUCCUUGGACUCAUAUUCACCCUCGGCCUCGGUCGCCGUCUCCCCCCUGGCCUCUGACUCUUCCUCGGCAUCCCUCCAGGCUCACUCGCCAACCCCGGCCUCACCCUUCACUACCUCUUUCGCCAACACCGAGGAAGACGACGAACAGACGCACGUCUUCGGCAUCCCACUCUCCAACCUCAACCGGUUCCCUUCCACACAUCGCGACCCGGACGAGGACGAGAUCGACGAGUACAACCGCGUCGCGCUCAACCUCCCGCGGGACUCCAGCGCCGUACCCUCUGCGGACUGGGUGCUCCCCAGCGACUAUGACGAGGACUGGGAGGAGUUCGACGCUGUCAUGUGCCUUUUCCCUCCCCUCGCCCUCCCCGCGGACAUGGAGGACCCGUACGGAGAGCCGAGCGCACCGGUGGACUCGCCAUGGGAUGAAGACGACGACAAGACACGCGUCUUCGGCAUCCCUGUCGCCGACCUCGACCGCACUCCCUUCACCCAGCGGGACGCGGACGAAGAGGAGAUCGACGAGUACCUCUGCGCCGCAUUGGGCCUGGAGCGCUGGCCCGACUCCAACGUCCCGCCUGCUCAGGGAUGGUCGAGACGCAGCGACAACGACGACAGGCUCGACAAGUAUCUCCGCACCGCGCUCGACUUCUUUCCCAACACCAACGUCCCGCCCGCGAUCCCCGCCGACUACGACACGGACUGGGUGGCGGUCGACCUUGGUACCUUCGGUUUCCCCGGCAUCCGCGUCCCCGAGGACAUGGAGGAUCCGUACGGGGAGCCGACGGCACCAGUGGACUCACCAUGGGCAGAAGACGACAACAAGACGCACGUCUUCGGCAUCCCUCUCGCCGACCUCGACCGGACUCCCUUCACCCAGCGGGACGCGGACGAGAAGGAGAUCAACGAGUAUCUUAACGCUUCCCUCGGCUACAAGCUCUGGCCCGACUCCAACGUCCCGCCCGCUCAGGGAUGGUGGAAGGGCAGCGAGUACGACAAGGCGAAGCUCGACGAGUUCCUCCGCACUGCCCUCACCAUGCCGCUCGACUCCGCCCUGCCUUCGACUGGCUGGCUCCUCCCCAGUGGCCACGACCGGCAUAGGGACGAAGUCUCCGCGUAUGCAUACCCCGGAUUCCCCAUCCCGGAGCACCUGAGGAUUCCAGUAGUGAGGAUUCCAGUAGAUACAGGAUAG